AUGUCAACGAACGACACAAACAAUAUUGUAAGUUAUUCAUUGGCAUAUUCGGCCAAGUUCGCAAUAUUAAUUGCAUUUGAAAUUCCAUCAAUUUUGGUUUCGAUUCUUAUCUUUGCUCAUUUUGGUUGGAAUCGCCACACUCCUAUAAAAGAUCACAAUCACUCAAUACUCGUUCUACUUGCAGUUAAUUUUGUUCAAGUGACAACUGAUCUUCCAAUGCCGAUGCAUUUCUUUCACUUGAAUGGCAUUGUUCAACCACCCACUUCUGCUUAUUGUACUUGGUGGGUUUGGUAUGAAUUUUCCUUAAAUACUAUUAAUGGUUGUCUAAUGGCAUGGAUCUCUAUUGAACGUCAUAUACUUAUAUUUCAUAGUGUCUUUCUUAGAAAUCUCGGGACUCAAAAGCGAAGAUUACUUCGAAUAGUUCCUUUAGUAUUAUGUAUUAUUUGGGGACCGAUUUAUUAUUGUAUCGUCGUGAUUUUUAGUCCGAUGUGUGAAAAUACAAGAUAUUUUGAUAGUCUUUUAUGUGGUCUGCCCUGUUAUUUAAUGACAAGCUGGGGCACAUUUGAUCUUUUCUUUGAUGUUAUCUCUCCAGUAUUGAUUAUUUCUAUUUUCAAUCUUGCUCUUUUUGUACGAGUUAUUAAACAAAGUUUGGUGGUGGUCGGUCGUGUUCAGAAUAAUUGGCGUAAACAAAGAAAACUGGCUUUACAAUUAGGAAUGAUUUCUUUUGCUUAUCUUGCUGUUUGGAUCCCAUUAUCUAUCGGCCAGCUUGGACAAAACUAUAUCAAUCCAAAUUUUCUUCUUGUGCAAUCAGACACGUUUAAUUUUCUUGUGUACUUGGUACCUCUCGUUUUACCAAUAGUUUGUCUGAUGUCGAUGCAUGAAGUCAUUAUAAACUUCAAAUCUCGCCUGUUCAGACAAAACCGUACAAUGGUCAUGCCAGUCAAUGAUUCAACCGGUCAACGGCAAACGAGAAGCUUUGUAUUGGCAAAAACCGCGACUUCAAAAUUUUGA